UCUAUUAAUGAGUUUAAUCUCAAACAAGGUGAGCUUAUAAAACGUGAUCUAAAUGGCGAUCCAAAUGAUAAGUUCAAACAACUAUGCAGCUCACAAAACCCAGUAACCAAAGGGCUAUUUGGAGAUGACUUGCCAAAGUCAGUAAAGGAAAUUAAUGAAACCAAUAAAGUGGAUGUCAAGGUUUCAUCAAAGUACCCAGCCACAAUACCACAGACAUUCAAGAAGGCCAAACAUUCCUCAUCGCUAGCACAAUCCGAAUCAUAAGCCUUAUGGAAGGCUCAGGGUCCGGCGAAGUGAUCACUCCUGGACCCCAAAAGGAAAGGGAAACCCGAAUAACAACAGUAGCACUUACUAAGUCCCAAGACCACCUAGAUUCCCAGGUGAGUCUUGACGAUGAUACUAAUCAUGACCACACAAUUACUGUACCAUUGUUGCUGGCAAACGAAAACACUUUGUGUCUUUAUGGCAAACCAUAACUUCUGAUUAUUUCAUACUCAGUGUUGUAAAGGGGGUUAGAAUUGAGUUUGCCGCUUAUCCAAAGCAGAUCAUUAUUCCCCGAGAAUACUAUUUCAAUGCAGCUGAGGUUAUUAUUAGUGACAACCAAAUAGAACAGUUUUUAGAAACAGGAGUUACUGAGAAAACAACACAUUCCAAAGGAGAAUGUAUCUCAAACAUCUUUAUUAGGCCAAAGAAAUAUGGCUCAUAUCGACUGUUACUUAAUUUGAAAUAUCUGAAUGAGUUUGUGGAAUGCCACCAUUUUAAAAUCGAACAUCGUAAAAGUGUUAUUAUCUGUAUGAGCCCCAACUGUUACAUGGCUAGCAUUGAUUUAAAAGAUGCCUAUCAUUCUGUGUCAACAGGCGGCCCAAAUCACAGGAAAUACCUCCGAUUCAAAUUGAAGAACCAGUCGUCGUUUCUUUUCUUGACUAUGUUUUGAGAACAUCUAAGUAGACACCAGUCGUUUCAGUUUACUGGUCUUCCAAAUGGAUUAAGCAGUGCUCCAAGAAUAUUCACAAAACUUCUGAAACCAACAUAUUCUGUUUUACGGAGCAAAGGUUUGAAAACGUGGCAUAUAUUGAUGACACUUAUCUCAAAGGGAACACCUUUUCUGAUAAUGAAACAAAUGUAUCCAUCACUGUCAGGUUAUUUACAGACUUGGCUCUGACGUAA